GAGCCCUCGGACGGAUAUGGCCCACACAGACAACUCGCCGAUUUUUGUAACAAAGGCAGCGAGUUCUUCUUCCUAGGGGAGACUCAGCUCAGCGCAGCGGUAUCAGGCUAUUACGCACAGCAAGGAGGGGAAACGGGACGGGAAUACUUCAGUUUGAAUGAGCAAUCGCGGGUUGUCUUUGAUCCUGUUCUUUAACAACACCCACGUUUAUCGCUAUUAUGCCCGUGAGUCCGUGAGAAGUAGUCUGUGGAUGACAACUGUGUUUCUAGAUAAUUUUUACGCUCGGACGGCCUCACGGUGUCGGAUGCAUCCUCGCGUCUAUUUCGCAGUCGCGUUCAUAGGAAACACUUGAAAGAUCUGAAACUGCUUCGCUCGAGGCAAACUGGGUCUCCGGCGAUAACGGCAGACACUUCAGAGGAGCGCGCAGAGUAAUAAGGUUGCGCGAGGAGAGGAGAGUCAGUGCGAGACAAGACUCACGGCAAAACCCCAGCGAUGAAGACUCUCAGGAAACUUUGCGUCUUGGUCUCGUUGUGCUUUCUCUGUUUUCUGUCAGGCGAGACGGCGGACAUCUUGACUCCGGUGCCCAAUGUGACGGUGGUGCAGGGGCAGAAGGCCUUCUUGCCGGCCGUCUACAGCCAGAGUCUGAGCAACCAGGACUGGUCCGUCGCAUGGAGCCUCAUCACAGACCAGACCACUCAUGUGGCCACGUAUGCAUACAGGCAGAUCAAUGUGGGGCCGGAGUACACUGGUCGCGUGGGCUUCGUGCAUAACAUGCCCGAUAAAAACUUCUCCAUCUUCAUCAACAACACCAGGGAGGCCGACUCGGGAAGAUACUCCUGCCUGUUCAUCGAGCCCGGAAACACCGUCUCACGACAGGUGUACCUGGAUGUCAAAGUGCCCCCUACUGUGCCGGAGUGCAAGAUGAGCGGCAAGCCGGUGCUGAAGGGCAACAUCACCCUGAGCUGUAACUCGGACGAGGGGAAGCCGGCCCCCCUCUACAAGUGGACCAAGGCCAGCCCCAAUCACAACGUCUUCUUCCACCCCAUGGCCAACGAGAGGGCGGGGACGCUGGAGCUGACCAACCUGACGAGCGGCAUGUCGGGGAAGUACGUGUGCAACGCCUCCAACUCCGCCGGCGCAGAGACCUGCUACAUCAACCUGGAAGUCAUCACAGCCACGAGGGCAGGGGUGAUUGCGGGGGCGACGGUGGGCUCUGUGAUAGGCUUCAUCCUCCUCAUCCUCUUCCUCAUCUUCCUCUGGACCAGGAGGAGGGACACGGAGGACGACCUGGCCAAUGAAAUCAAAGAGGAUGCCCAGGCUCCCAAGCGUGUCUCCUGGGCCAAGAGUGGCACCGGCUCCAUCAGCUCCAAGAACGGCACGCUAUCCUCCGUCCACACCAGCCCGUUGUCCCACGACCUCCACCACUCCAACCACUACGCCCACCACCCGGCCUCCGACACCGCCUCCAUCCUCACCGCCGCGGGCAGCGUUGUGGCCGGCUAUCGUCCCCGUCCCCAGGGAGACACCUUACCCGGGUACAACACCAACGCCACGCUGCCACACAACAACUCCGGACCCCCCGCCGCCUCCUCUGCCAUGCCAGCAGCUGUGGCCGCCAUGCCGGCUGCCCACGCCAACCCUGGCAUGAUGGGCAUGGGUAUGGUGUCUAACGGCACUAACGGUGACACGUUAACCAGGGGAGGGGAGCCGAUGCAUCACCCUCACUACGCCCCUGCUCCUGCCCAGGUGCCGCGCCCGCCCCCUGUGCCCACCGGCGUCACCGCUGCCAACAUCUCCCGCAUGGGAGGCGUACCCAUCAUGGUGCCCGCCCAGAACCAGGCCGGCUCGCUCGUUUAGUGCCAGCCCAGCCGGUUGGGCCACGAUGCCCCCCCCCCCCCCCCCCCAU